AUGCAGCCAGCAUUAUCUGUACCACUGCUUAAUGAUUCUGUGCCAGAGCAAAGAUGUGCUUUACAGUCUACAACUGCUGCCAGUCACUUGACAGACGCUCAUGAUUUAUUUUAUAAAUAUUCUUCUCUCACUAAACUUAAACGUGUUGUAGCAUUAUAUCUGAGAGCUGUUAUCAGAGAUUUAGUUAGGAAAUGUAUAAAGUGGUGCAAAAUUAGAGCAUCUGUCACUAAUCAAUUGAUGAGCGAUUUGCCGUCUAGUCGGGUUUCGCCUGCUCCUGCGUUUUUGCGCUGUGGAGUGGAUUACGCAGGUCCUUUUCAAAUUAAAGCAAAUAAGGGUCGAGGCUCUAGGUCAUUCAAGGCAUAUAUAGCUAUAUUUGUUAGUUUUACGACAAGAGCUAUUCACUUGGAAUUAGUGACUGAUCUUUCAGCAGAUGCUUUUGUUGCAGCUCUUAAGAGGUUCAUUUCCCGCAGAGGCAAAAGCAGUGAUAUAUAUAGCGAUUGUGGUUCCAAUUUUGUUGGAGCAAAACGCAAACUGAUGGAAUUUGAAGGGCCUGCUAGGUCUGCAACUUAUAACCAAAAUGUUAGCAGAUAUUUGGUUGAUAAUGGCAUUAAAUGGCAUCUAAACGUUCCAGGUGCGCCACAUAUGGGUGGACUCUGGGAAGCUGGCAUAAAAUCAACAAAAUACCAUUUAAAACGAGUAGCUGGUGAGGCGAGAUUGACAUAUGAAGAAUUUGAAAACAUUUCUCACACAAAUAGAAGCUUGUCUUAA